UUAAAGAUUGUCUCACAAUAACAAGUCGUGACAGUUCCAAAUUACACUAUUCAACCCUCGUAAACAAAGCCCCAGAAAUCCCCCAAUUCUUCCAAUUCACAGCCCUAAAGCCCUUCACCAGUAGUUCCCACUUUUCUCUUUAGUUCAUCUACGCAAAAAUUUUGUCUACAAUUCCUCUUUAUGUUUCGUUUGAAUUAAUUCAGGGUUAAUCAAGUUGAUUACAAGUAUAGCUAGCAGUUUUGUAAAACUAUUACACUCACAACUUCAAGUUAGGCUAUCAGAUUAAUUUCUUCACCAAAAGUUUCGACGAAAACUUUGAAACUCUGUAGAAUUUGAUUUCUAAUUAUAAUCUGUCGAUUAAGAUUAAUAAUUAAUGGCUCGAAGUGUGUCGCGUUCGCCAUCAUAUAGGCGGCGACGUUCUCCGUCUCCGGUGAGUCACCGCCAUAGCCGCCGUAGUAGAAGGGACCGCAGCCGUUCACCUCACAGCCGGCGAAGAAGUCGCUCAAAUUCCCUACGUCGUCGUAGAAGCCGUUCGCCAACAAGACGUCGAAAGAGCCGUUCUCCAAUAGCACGCCAUUACAGGAGAAGAAGAAGUAGGAGUUCCUCGCAGUCUCUUCACAAGUCCCGCAGUCCAAGUGUUGCAUCAGUUGAGCGUAAGGAGGCUUUAAAGAGGCAGAAAAAGGAAGAAGAUGAAGAAAAAAAAAGGAUCCAACAUGAAAUUCAGCUCAAGCUACUAGAAGAAGAGACCACUAAGAGGAUUGAAGAAGCUAUACGCAAAAAUGUUGAGGAGAGGUUAAAUUCAGAAGAAGUUAACUUAGAAAUCAAAAGGCGCAUCGAUGAAGGUCAAAAGAAGUUGUUUGAUGAUGUUGUUGCUCAGCUUAAGAAAGAGAAGGAAACAGCUCUUAUGGAGGCAAGGCAAAAAGAAGAACAAGCACGGAGAGAAAGGGAGGAGCUUGAUAAGAUGCUUGAAGAGAACAGAAGGAGAGUGGAGGAGGCUCAGAGGAAAGAAGCUCUAGAGCUCCAGCGUAAAUUGGAGGAACGUCAGCGCGAACUGGAGCUGAUUCAGAGACAUAAGGAAGAGGCCGCUAGGAGAAAGAAACUUGAAGAGGAAGAGGAGCGAGCCAAUCAAAUACUUAUGGCUAAGAAUAAAUCUCGGCCUAGGACAUCCUCUGCCGUUGGCCUUUAAUCUUUGGUUGCAGACAUCUAUGUUAAAUUUAUCGAAUUUUCAAGUCGGAGCUUUCUGAAUGUACUAUCAAUCAUUGAAUUGUUGAAAUUUUAAUAUUAAAUAGGGUUUCCCUUUGCUUCA